AGUAGCAAAAUAAAAAAAAAAUAUCAUAACAAAACAACUUAUUCAAUUACUUCACUAAUGAUUUCAUCAGAAUGCUAGGAAAUAAACAAGUUAUUCUUAAAUCCUUUGGUAAUAAGAAACCUGUUAGGAUCUCAUACGGACUUGUUGAUAGUCAAUUUGGCGACAUCGUAUUGGGUUUCCUUAAAGAUGCGAAUAACGCAAUUUGCUAUUUACACUUUGCUGAAAGCGAAGACAAGGAGAAUAUAACAAAUAAUUAUGAGUUGUUACUGCAGAAACGUUGGCCAAAUGCUUUGCUCUUAGAAGACUUGAAUCAAGCGCGAAUUCUGGCUGAUAGAAUAUUUAAUAAAGAAGAUAUGAUUCUCAAUGUUGCGGUGUCUGGUACGCCGUUUCAAGAGGCAGUGUGGAAUGAAUUGUUAAAAAUACCUUCCGGUCAGACAUGUACAUAUGGUGAUAUCGCAGAUAGAAUUGGGAAACCGAAUGCAGUACGCGCAGUAGGCACAGCUGUUGGCAGUAACGAAAUAUCUAUCGUAAUACCUUGUCAUCGUGUGGUGUCAAAGAAUGGUGAUAUAAAAUAUGGAGGUGGGAGAACUCGCAAAAUUAGUUUGCUGAAGUUUGAAAAGGAAAAAUCACUAAGUGGAAACUGAACCGAGGCAUUCUGUACCUGCUAAGGGAUAUCUUUACCAAUAAAUUAUCAAAAAUCUAAAUAAUUACAUGAAAUGUAUUAUUGUAACUGAAGUGAAGUUUCUUCAAGACCGUAAUAAAAAUAACUAUAUUCUAUUAA